CCCCUACUAGAUAAUUAGCACUGACCAUACACCACAAUUGUUAAGGGCCGCCACUAUGGUCAUGGUGCGGGGGGAGGGGGGAGGGUUGUCAUAACUCUAGAUCAGUAAUGAGGAAGAGUACACGGGGAAACUCUUAUUUUCGCAGGCUCCAGCAGCUGGCCGCUCAGCAUCAGCCCCGAGUUGUCUCCAUCCAUGCAAUCAGGACAUCAGGCAGUUGAGGAAAUAGAGUUUUCCGAGUGUCAUUAGAGUAUCCAUAAACGAUAAUGCCACCAGGUGGUGAGGAAGUGUUUUCCAACCCCCUGGCUCCUCCAGGGGAAACCGUUGUGGAUGAAAGACCACAACGUUUGACCAAUGCAGACUUCCGUAAGUUGUUAAUGACUCCCCGUGCUCCACCGGGGAGUCAGAAAGAAACAGUUUCUUCAACUGGAACCAAAGCUUCUAGUACCGAGCCGCCAACUCAGCGACGUGAAAAUAAAGAUGACGUCCGAGCUGCUGAGAGGAAGAAAAAAAAGAGUUACUAUGCAAAGAUCAAGAAGGAAGAGGAAGAAAAGAUGGCAGAGUUGGCAGAAAAGUACCGUGAUAGAGCUAAAGAAAGACGUGAAGGCAAAAAUCCAGACUACCAGGCAGAAGAUCCAUCGCAAGCUGGCAUGGGAGGUUACCGUGCAGUUGCUCCAGAUCUCAAAUCGGGGUUGGAUGCUGCUGAACGUCGGAAACAGAUGAUUCAAGAGUCCAAAUUCUUGGGUGGUGACAUGGAGCACACACAUUUAGUAAAAGGUUUAGAUUACGCAUUGUUACAAAAGGUGCGAUCAGAAAUCCAAAUUAAGGAAUCUGAAGUUUUGGUAGAAAUAGAGAGGCCUAUUUCAUCUGAUGCACCAAAAGAGAAGAAACCGCCAACUACCGUUGUAGUUCCUCAGCAAGAGGAAGAUGAGCUGAUAUUCAAAACAAACACUGGACGACGUAUUUUCAGCAGCGUUUUCAACACAAAGCCAGCAGAGUUCAAUGACUUAUUUCUCACUGGUCGUAUGGCAUAUGCUAUUGACCUCGAUGAUGAAGUUGCUGAGAGUGAUAUUCCUACCACUGUAAUCCGCUCCAAAGCUGACCUCCAGGGCAUUGAGAAUAUGCAAGCAACAUUCACGACGAAUGACAUUGUGAUCCAGAAACUCACUCAGAUUUUGUCAUAUCUCCGCACUGGACGUGCCAACAAGAAACAAAAAAAGAAAGACAAAGGCAAAAAUGAAGCUGCUGGUAGGACUGGAGCUGAUGACAGUAUCUAUGGGGAAAUUGGAGAUUAUGUCCCAUCUGUAGGGAAGGCCAGUGACCGAGACAAAGAUCGUGGAGAUCGUGACCGUGACCGAGAAAGAGGAAGAGACAGAGAUCGUGAACGUGAUCGCAGGGACCGGGAGAAAGAAAGAGGAGACAGAGACAGGGAUAGAGAAAAGGAUCGUCGUGAACGUGACAGGGACAGAGACAGAGAUCGUGAUCGUCAUGAUCGUGAUCGAGAUCAUGAACGAGAACGAAAACCUCGUUCGUACUUCAGCCGGUCAGCACAUGAAGAAGUGAAGAAUGAGAUGCGUGCUGCAGAAGAAAGGUUACAGACACAAUGGCCCACUGGAGCAGAUAUUAAAGCUGACAAACAAAUCUCUCAAGUGCCCCAGCAGUCUCAACAACAGCUAACACAACAACAGCAACCUCAAGGUCAACAACAGUUGGCAACACAACAGCAACCACCAAAGCAAGUUAAUAGUCUGCUGGUGGGGGAUGACUACUAUACAGAAUGUUAUCCUGGUAUGGCAGAGAUGCAGGAUGCCAUUGAUGAUUCAGAUGAUGAAGCUGAUUACACCAAGAUGGACAUGGGGAACAAGAAAGGUCCCGUUGGUCGUUGGGACUUUGAUACCCAGGAAGAAUACAGUGAUUACAUGAAUCAGCGAGAAGCUAUGCCAAAAGCUGCUUUCCAGUAUGGUGUAAAGAUGGCUGAUGGUCGGAAGACUCGCCGCAUAGGAGGCAACAAGGAAAAGGACCGUAAUGCUGAACUAAACAGGGAAUGGCAACAGAUCCAGCAGAUCCUGAAAAGACGUAAAGACAAUGAUUCAGGCUCUGGAGCUCCGGAGAAGGCACCAAGAUAUGAUUACUAAGAAGCUGAAGGAAGGCAAAUAUCCAGGAAUUAUAAAAGCAGUUUUCAAGCACCACAUUGUAUUUGUAUUUAGUAAUGAAUUGUGUGAGCCACUUCUGUCCCAGAGUGAAAUAUUAGUAUUAAUUCCAUUUUAGGUGUGGUAUACCUGUAUCCUUGUUUCAAUAUAACAUAUGUAGAAUAUCUUCACAUGUGCUGUUUCGUUAAAAUUAUGGAACAAGACUUUUCUCAUUUGCAUAUACUGUAGUUUUUUUUUAUUUUUUUUUAUUUUUAUUUUUUUUUUUGAGGAGUGGGGUGAAAUAUUUGUUAAAAGAAUUAAUAUUGCACUAAAGUAUAAACCCUUUCAUGCAAUUUUCAAAAUUCUUGUAUAGCUUAAAUAUUAAGCAGCAUUUCUCUUGGUAAUGUAUGAUGCACAGUAAAUAAUUUCUGAACUUUUAUAUGUUGAUUUUGAGUGUAGAAAGAAAUUAUAUCUAUGAAGUUCUUUUUAGGUCAUUAAAGCCACAGUCACA